CAGCUGCAAUAAGCGCUUUAGUUUGGUCAAGCUGGGCGGUUGUGCAGAAGCCAUGGUCAUUUCUCGAGAGUUCAACGUUACAGCCUGUUGCAGUAGCAAGAAAGCUGAAAAUCACAUACUGUUCCGGUCUACGGGAGCCUACGCGUCGGGAAGCAGCUUUCGCUAGUUUUCAGACCGCGUAUAUACUAGAGCAGUUUCUGGCCUGAAAAAACACUCCCUUCUGGUAAAGAAACAGCAGCACACAAAGAG